GUAAGUUGUGAAACUGACAUUGCAGUUGAUAUGUCUUGUGCAACAUGCAAACCCGUAACAGACAAAAUGCUCAACAGAGUUGCUACAUGUUAUACACGCAGCAGAUGGACUCCUUAAAGAUUGUGCUAACAUGGCUUUGAUGAACAGAAAAUGCCAAGUGUUCUUUAUCAUGGAGAAAGUCAACGGCUCUUCCUGAGAGUGUUUUUCUCUCUCUCUGUGUCUCUCGCUCUCUCUGAUGUAUGUCUGGAAAAAUCAGUAACUGGAUUGUGAUGACAUGUCUUUAGCUAAUAAGAAAAGAAGCUGGGAAGAUCAUGUGACCAAUUGGCCUGGCUUUUCAUUUGAUUUUGUUGAUUCUGGUGCAGUCUGUUGUCAUGGGCUUGUGGCUCUUAAUCUAAAACUAAGCAUGGAAAGCAAUGAAAUAUCACAAACAGACAAGAAGAAAAGAUUUUCCAGUGUUUCUUUACCAGAAUCUUGCCAUAACUCUGAUCUGUCUGCCCUUCAAGCAAAGCAACUGUGUGAGCACAGAAGAGAAGUGGAUGAAAAUGAUAAUCUUGAAAGUGAUGAGUACAUUCUGUCAUUAGAAGCAAGUACAGAGACUCUAGUCCAUGUAUCAGAUGAAAACUCAGAUCUCAGUUGUGUGGAAGAUUAUGUCGCAGAAGAACAGCAGGCCUCAGGGAAUGAAGGAGCACUUAUUGAAAAGUCACUAUUAGCAAAGAUUGAGCAAGUGACCAAGAAUACAUCUGAGAACUUUGGAAUAGAAAAUGACCCUGAUUAUGAUUCAGUCCCUGAUGAAGAGACAAAAGAUAAUGAGAAAACACGUGAGUUUGAACAUCUGGAAUCUUCUGAGGAAUUAAAUCCAACGAGAAACAUGGAUGGGAAUCCGGAUGUGAUUAUUCCAACAGAGGAUCUUCUCCAUACAGCAGUAAUUGCACAGCAGCGUAGGAAACAUGACAUGCUGAGAAAUGAAUCUGAUGGGGAUGUUACUGUGAAUAAGGCUGGACGUCUUGUCACAAAUGGUGAUGUACAAACGGUUUCCGAGGCUACCCCUGUGAAUUGUAAAACAGCAUCUCCGAUGUGCUCAGAGGAAGGUUUGAAUCAAACAUUUCUGGAGGAAUUCAGUGUAGAUGUGGGAAAAACUGAAAAUUAUUCUGAUACAACAAAUACUAAUCUGAACAUUUCAAAGCCGAGCCCACAAAUAUUAAAUUUACAGGAAUGUACAAAUAACUACAAUCCUGCAGAUAGUAUCAUAAAACUUCGAAAGAGAAAGGAAAUGAGGGAAGAUCGAGAUCGAGCACGGCUGGAUUCCAUGGUGCUGCUCAUUAUGAAACUGGACCAGCUUGACCAAGACAUUGAAAAUGCUCUCAGCGCAAGCUCAUCUCCAUCCAGUACUCCAACUUUUAAGAGAAGACACAUUCCUGAGCUGGAAUCUGAUUCAGAAAAUGGAGCAGAUGUGAUUGCAAUCAGUCAAAACCAGAAGGUUCAUCUUGUUCAUUCCCCACUUGGAACCACAUCCCCCAUGGCAGGUCCGGGGGCGAAACCAAAGAUUGGGGCAAUGUCGAUGAUAUCAGAAAAAGAGAAGGCUGAUUUCCAACAUCUACAUUAUUUUGCUUUUUACACACGAGACAGACUGGAUAAGAACAAAAGGUUUUCUUCCAUAACAGACUAUGGAUUUUUUUCAGCAGUCAAACAACAUUGUUUUGAUUAA